GCAGCCAACGCUCACUACGCUGCUGACGUGUAGGUAGGGAAGUGGCUGUCGAGGAGUCUUUAGUCGCUAGCUCUUACUUUUACCUGUUCAUCAUAAGCCUUUGUCGACACUAUGAAAUCAUUUGAUUUAGUUCUUAGCUAUUUGAUAAAAUAACAACGGAAGAGAAAACGGGCCAACUGCACAGGUAUGGUUGAAUGCAGUGGUUUUAUGAAAAAGUGAGUGACUUGCGCAACAACAAUGGGGAAGAGGAAGGUGCCAGAUCUGUACAGAGCUCCCUUUCCCUUAUACUGCAUUAAAGUUGACCCUCAAACAGGACUUGUGAUUACAGCAGGAGGAGGAGGGGCUUCCAAGACGGGCAUAAAGAAUGCUGUGCACUUCCUGGAUCUCCAGCUGUUCGGAGAACGCCAGUACAGUGCCAGUCUCCUUCACUCUCAUGACACUGACACACGCGCCACCAUGAACAUGGCUGUAGGUGAUGGUGUGAUUGCUGCAGGACAGGACGGGACCUGCUCUUUGAUGAGGUUUAAACACUGCACACAAAAAGGAGGAGGGAAAGCUGCUGCCAAAAUCGAAGGGAAGAGCGUGCAGCAGGGUAAUGCGAGGCGACGAGCUGGGAAAGGAGACAAAGGUGGACCGGAUGGUGCUGCGGCAUCUGGAGAUAUGUCAGAUAUCAAGGAUGAGACGGCUCACAUUUCUGUGACUGGUUUGGCUGAAGUGCAGUCAGACCUGAAUCCUCAAGACCCGCUUCAGAAGGUGGUCCGGUUCAGUCCUGACCUGAGCCUUCUGGUGACUGGAGGCACAGACGGAUACAUCAGAGUCUGGGAGUUUCCAUCGCUGAAGAAGAAGUUUAACUUUAAAGCACAUGAUGGUGAGAUUGAAGACUUGGACACGAGUCCAGGGAACAAGCACCUGGUGACUGUUGGCCGGGAUUUUGCCUGCAGUGUAUGGAGUGGCAACCACUUGGCUAUGGGUCUUAAAUGGCUUGAAACCAUGCCUCAGAUAGCUGAGAAGACUUAUCGAUAUAUGGCUUGCAG